ACACCUUUAAUUUUUGUUACAGAAAAUGUAAUUUUGACUAGAAGAGAAUAGAAAAUGUGGGUUAAACUUGUGAUAAUUUCGGUAGUUCUCUCCGCCCUUCUGAAAUAUGGGGAGGCUAUCAUGUGCCAUCGAUGUUUCAGUGCAAUGGGAGGUUGCGGAGCUGAUGGUGUUGUAUGGAGAAUGUUUCCAUGGAGGGACUGUGGUGACUCAAAAUUUUGCGUAAAAGUCAUAACAAAAGAAGAUGGUGAGGAGAAGAUUAUUAGAGAAUGUGAGAACAAUCUGAUGAAAUCAGCCUUCCAUCGGCUCAGGAUGCCUGUUCUACGUCGCCAUGGUUACUGCGAACCUUCACGCAAGAAUGAUUUCUGGAACCCAACACAAACUACAGAUUCAAACAUGAUGUACUGUUUUUGUAAUGAUUGGAAUGGAUGUAACUCCGCAAACAGUUUGUUUGGAAAAGUUGUUCCAGUGAUUUCCCUUUGUUUUUCAGUACUGCUGUUGGCGAGGAAAGUGCUGAUUUAAAAUAACAGUGACUUUGACUUAAAUCCUUCACAAACAGAUGAGCCUGAAGAACUAACCAAACUGUUUCGAAAAAAGAAAAAGAAUAUAUGCAAUAACUGCGGUCUUCCAGAUUCGGAAGGAAGAAAAUAUUUAAUACAUAAAAAAAACCCCAUAAAACAUUAAUAUGAAGUACAUCAAUACAUGACCAAUUUUGAACUGGUCAUAGAGUGGAAUUUUAACAUUUGAGUUUCUUUUUUAUGUGAUCAGGUUAUUUUAUAUUUACUGAAUUUUAACAGUUUAAAAUUAUUCAUAAAAUUAUAUUUCAAUGCUGCAUAUUUAAACUGAAAAAAAAAAGACUAAAUUGAUAUUAGUUGAUCAUUCUGAGACUUCAUGCAAAGCAAAUCUCUAGCCAGUUACCAAAUGGCAUUGUUCGAAAAAUUCUUUCAAAAUUGGUCACCAAAAUUUCAAACUUAUAAUUAACUCAUAGCUACAUGUUUGUAAAUAUAGUUUCUCUGAUGGUAAAGGUCCAAACUGAGUGGACAUGACUGCUUUUUCCUGCAAUAUUUAAAUAAAAUACAGGAACGGUAUUAUCGGAAGGUGAAUUGCAAUUGAACAUGGGCGGGUAUUUUUGGCUGUUCUAUUAGAUGUUGAAAAUUUUGGUAUGCUGACAUUCGUUUUGAAUUUUAUUUUCUCUUUUUAAAGUUCUUUAUAUUUCAGCUCAAUGCAUUAUUGAGAAUGACUUAGUUAGACUUCAUCAGUGGUUUAUUAAAUGAUGGUGAUUAAGGACUUCACAUUGUUCAUUUACUUAAGUUUCGUUAAAAUCAUUCAAAUUUAAAGUACAAAUCAGCACCUCUUAUAAUUGUUUAAUUUCUUUACGCUAGGAUAGUUUUCUUUUAAGAAAAAUAUAGUAUCAAAUCUUUUGUUCUAAGAACAUUUUGUAAAAUUUUGUAUAUUUUUAAAGUCAUUGUGAUAAUGUAGUAAUAUGCAGGGAUACGCAGUCCUUCAUACAGUACACAUUAUGUAGAUACUACCAUAUACAUUCCAGGUUUGUAAAUAUCAGGUCUUUAGCUGUAUGUUUUGAAGAAGCAAACAGAAAAGUAAAUUGAAAAAUAAUUAACAGACAGAAAGUAUCAAAAUGAAUCAUUUAAUGAUGAUUUGCAAAAAAGAUGGAUACUAAAGCAUUUCUAUUUCUUAUAUAUAAACUUAGUAAACAGGGAAGCUAUAUCAAAAAGGUUUAAUGUCAGUUAUAGAGAUUUCGUAUUCUGUUUAAAUAGACAAAAUGCUUGAUUGCAAAUUAAAAUUGAUUUUUUAGAACACUUGUCACUAAAAUUAAGCCUCAUCUUUCUGUGAAAUUAUGGAUUUUGUGGUAUAGUUGAUCCACAAAAUUGAACCCAAACAAACAAGAUAACUGCUGACUGCUGUAUAGUUCAAUACUAAAUUUUUCUGGGCUGAAGUCAAAUCUUGAAGGAAACGAUAUGAAAAUUUGUUUCUAUACAUAUAAAAAAGUUAAUGAAUGGCUUAACGGCCAUUAGUCAAAACUUAAUGAAUUGCCUGGCAGCCAUCUGACCUUUGACUUUGGGCAAUAGUAUUGACUAUUUUAUUGAGACAUUGACCUUUUUUCGUUUCUUAAUUUAUUGUAUGGAUGCCCAGUUAUUUUUGGGCAUGUCUAGCUCAACACUGACAUUGUAUCACAAGAGAAAUUUACAAAUUGCAUUUGGACAUACCUUUUAAUAUAAAAGUUAUUUCAGUUUGAUAUGGGCACAAGUAGACAUUAAUAUUUAGAUAUAAAGGAUUUCCUCUGCAGAAUGUUUUUUUUUUCAAUUCAUUGACUGUUCAUUUUGGUAAUAAAAAUCUUUACCUAGACACUGAAAACAUAUGCAGAAUAAAUGUUGUACAAUUAUGUUGCUUAUAUAAUGUCAAGAUUUUACUCUGUAUCAGGAAGAUAGAAAUACAUAUCAAUAUUCAGAUAGAGACAUUCUAUUUGCUUUGUGAGUUGUUUUAUAAUAAUUUGUCAUUUGUUCAUUUAAUCAGUCAUUUUUAUCUUACCUUCAUCAUUCCAGUAAUUUCAUCAUUUCGUAUCAUUCUGUACAUAUCUUUGUAAAAUCUGUACAUGUAAUCUAUACAUUUUUUAUAUCAUAAAUAAAGACUGUAUAUUUCUA